AUGUCUCUCUUUGCCAAACUUACCACUCCUAACAACAAGACCAUCGAACAACCUUUGGGGUUGUUCAUCAACAACGAAUGGGUCAAGACAGACACCACUAUUGAUUCGAUUGACCCGGCCACAGGGAAAACCAUCGCCUCUGUUUAUGCGGCGGGCGAAAAGGAGGUCAAUUUGGCCGUCCAGGCUGCUGUUGACGCUUUUGAGGACGAGUCUUGGUCUGGCCUCACUGGUUCUCAAAGAGGCGACUACCUCUACAAGAUCUACGAGAUUAUCAAAAGAGAUGUCGAGUUGAUUGCCUCCCUGGAGUCUUGGGACAACGGAAAGCCUUACGAAGAAGAAUGUCUUGCGGGAGACAUUGUGGAGGCCUACGAAGUGUUCAAGUACUACGCUGGCUUUGCUGACAAGAUCCACGGCCAGUAUAUCGGUGCUGAAGUUCUCGGUAAAGAUAAGAUGUGCUUCACCGACCCUGUCCCAUUGGGUGCUGUUGCAUCUAUCAUUCCAUGGAACUUCCCAUUCAUGAUGAUGGCAUGGAAGCUCGGACCUGCUCUGGCCACCGGUAACACGGUGGUGCUCAAGUCGUCUGAGAUUACCCCAUUGUCUGCUAUUUAUUUCGGUAAGGUCAUUUUGGAGGCUGGUCUCCCAAAAGGUGUGGUCAACAUUGUUUCUGGUUACGGUAAGGACGCCGGUGCUACCCUUGCCUCCCACCCAGACAUCAACAAGGUUGCCUUCACCGGAUCCACUGCCACUGGUCAAAGAAUCAUGGAGGCUGCUGCCAAAUCCAACUUGAAGAACGUCACUUUGGAAUGUGGUGGUAAGUCUCCGUUCAUUGUCUUUGCCGACAGCGACUUGAAGAAAGCUGUCGAAUGGGGAUACAGUGGUAUCUUCUACAACAAGGGUGAAGUUUGUACCUCCACUUCUAGAUUUUACGUGGAGGAGUCCAUCUACGACAAGUUCGUGGAGGAGUUUGUCAAGUUCACCGAGGAAAACGCCAAGGUGGCUGGUCCAUUCGAGAAAGGUUGCACCAUUGGUCCACUCGUUUCUUCUCUUCAGUACGAGAAGGUUAAGAAGUACGUUGAGAUCGGACAGAAGGAAGGUGCCAAACUUUUGACCGGAAAGUUCCACGACGGUCCGGGAUACUUUGCCAGUCCAUUUGUGUUUGGUGACUGUACCGACGACAUGACCAUUUCCCGUGAAGAGAUCUUUGGUCCUGUUGUUGCAAUUGCCAAGUUCAAAACCACUGCUGAGGUUAUCAAGAGAGCCAACAACACCACCUACGGUCUUGCUGCUGCUUUGUUUUCCAACAACAUCACCAAGGCCCACAAGGUUGCUUCCAAGCUGCAGGCCGGUAUGGUGUUCAUCAACUCCAACGGUGACUCUGACAUCCACGUUCCAUUUGGUGGUGUCAAGAUGAGUGGUAUUGGAAGAGAGCUCGGUACCUAUGCAUUGGAGCUUUACACUACUCACAAGGCUGUGCACGUCAACCUUGGUCUGGACUACGAACCGGCUGUGCACUUUCUGGAUUUUUCUUUAACUAUGGCUAUUCAGAAUCCUAACAACUGGCACUGGGUCGACAAGAACUGUAUCGAAUGGGCCACGCAGUGGUGUAAGAAGCGUCUGGUGGGCGUUUCUGUCGGUUCUGAGCCGACGGUUUCUGUGACCUCUUUGAAGAAACUCGAGGGAGACGUUGAAGUUUGCCAAAGAAAGGGCAAGAUUUUCUCUAUUUUCGAUCUCCAGGUGCAACUUGGAUUCUCCAGCGACAACAAGGAGGGCACCAAGGGUGUUCUGAGCAUUCCUGAGCUGGCAUAUGACACAGAAAUUGAGGACUUCCAGUUCGACAUUGCUUUCGAUAAACCUACUGGAUCAAGCGAUGAGGAGACCGUUCGGGCGCUGAUCAGAUCGAAACUCGUUGGCGAGCUCAGAACAGUGCUCUCUGAGUUCUCGUCAGACUUGCUGAGAGAGAAUGCUUCGGAUAUCCAACUUGACAAAUCGCAGGUCAACUCCACCUUCACAGCUGCUAACCAGGAGAAAUCAUUGACCAAGACUGUUGUCAAGGAGAAGACGGUGUUCAACAAGUCGACCUCGUCGGAGCCCAAACCAGCAACAAAGGUCUCCUCGAGCUCGGUUCCCAAAUACAACACCACUAGUCUGGACUUCUCCACCAGUUUCAACACCUCUGCCGAGCAGCUGUACCUGACGCUUCUGGUUCCAGAGCGUGUAGCUGCAUGGACACGGUCGCCACCGCUGAUUGAGCCUAAGGUCGGCAGCGAGUUCCAGCUGUUUGGAGGCAACAUCCAGGGUAAGAUUCUCGAACUUGAGGAAAAUAAGAGAAUUAAAAUGCUCUGGAGACUUAGAGAUUGGAAAGAAGGCCAUUACACCGAGCUGGAGCUCAAGUUCAACCAGGGCCAGUCGGAAACACAAAUGGCUGUGAGUUUCAAGGGCGUUCCUAUUGGAGACGAAGAAUUGGUGCGCGACAACUUCGAAAACUACUACAUCACCUCGAUCAAAGUCACUUUUGGCUUUGGAGCAGUGCUUUAA